AAGCUCUAUUGUCGUCUUACAGUGAACACGCAACUCCAUGCACGAAUCUCCCACCUCCUCAAAGUUGGAAGAAACAAUUUCAGACCUCCACCUAAGGUUGAUUCCUUUGUGGUAAGAAUUGAGUGCGAACGAUGAUGAAAUGGGAUGGAUUUUUAAGGAUUUGUUUUAACAGAAAAAACAAAACUCUUGGUUCAUUGUUUAGACAAAAGAAUGUGUUAUCUAUGGUUGAAAAAAACUACAAGGCUGUGCAAGCAUUGAAACUCUCCCAAGAAGGUGACUCGCUUAAUGAAACAAACGCUAAAGUGGACUUUUCCGAUUUUGGUGAUUUUGACGACGAUCAAGGUAUGGAGGUGGACGAUGAUGAAAUGGAUGUUGAGGAUGGGGGCGCGGAUGAGGUGCAAAAUGAAUUCAAAGAAAAGGUUUUAGGUGUUUUGAAAGAGGGAGAUUUUGAAGAGAAGAGGUCAUCCAAACUCACUUUGGAGAAGUUCUUAGACUUGCUUUCUCUAUUUAACAAAGCUGGCUUACACUUCUCCUGAUUUUACAUUUAUUAUUUACUAUUUUUUUUUUUUCACUUUUUAAUAGAUAUUUAUAUUUCUGAGUUUGAUUUUUGUUUAAGAGAGUAGGAUCAGACAAAAUGGUUUUGACUAUUUAAUAUUUAUGCAUUGUAUUUUUGGAGCUCCUUCAUUGUA